AAACCCAAAGCUCAUUUUCUAAUCGUCGGCCAAACAGUUCAAAACGAAUUUUAGUGAAUCUCGUUUAUACUUUAGUACCCAUAAAAAAUUGAUAUUUUUCUGGAAAAAAUGCUGAAACAAGUGGCUUGUGUUCUCCUCAUUACCGUCUGCCUAAUGAGCAGUGCCUCGGCCAUAAAGUGCUAUCAGUGCAAAUCCCUCACGGAUGUCAACUGCGCCAAGGAGAAGAUCGACCCAGCCUCCAAUAUCCGCACCGUGGACUGUGAUACAGUGCCCAAACCGAACACCAUGGAGCAGCUGCAGCCAGUGACCAGGUGCAACAAGGUGGUCACCAGUGAUCGCGCCGGUACUAUUGUGUCCCGUGAUUGCCACUUCGAGUCCAUUGGCCAGAAGGACAACGAGUGCACCGUCACCCAUAGCCGCCAGGUGGAUAGCUGCUACACGUGCAAGGGCGAUCUGUGCAACGCCUCCGGAUCUGGACACCUUGUGGCCGUGGGACUGUCGGCUCUGUUGGCGAUGUUCGCUCUUCAAAUGGCUUUGUGAGGAGGUACCAGUCCCAUAAUUGUUAAUAACGUACCUGUGUAAAAAAAUGUUUGUAAAUUUGUACC